GAUCAUCGCUGGUCGAAACCGCCGUCGUAUGUCACGGACUCCCACGCAUGGCGGUUCACUUCUGAUAGUGCUGGCAAGUUGGGCAUUGCCUUCGGUGAGUGGGUUGGCAAGGUGGAAGAGUUCUUCAGCCACCUGCUCGACGGUGCGGGUCUGGACAAAGACAGCAAGGAGAAAACAGCUUGGUGCAGGAAGCUGCGGCAGCUCAGCACCGCCACGAACGACACCAUCAGGCGCUACAAGGACGAGAGCAGCAAGAUUGCGGCCAGCUUGCAGCGGAUGGAAUGUUAUUCCCAGUAUCUGGCUUUCUCUCAAUGGGCGGAGGAGCAGUACGUGGCGGCACCUGGGAAGCUGUUUAGACUGAUCAAGGACAAGGCCACUUCGAAGGACGAGUUCGAGGAAGGCCAGGUGAUAUCGUCGGACCCCCUCACGGCGAUGGGUAUUCGGGCUAAGGUGUGGAAGAAGAGGUGGAGCGACCAGCAGCUGGACAUCGGCCAGGUCUCCUUACUCUUGGGACGUGCUAGGGCUCGUGCUCGUGAAGAUGCUUUCCCUCUCUUCGACUUGGAGGCGCUGGAAGACGGUAUCCGAAGGAUGAAGGGCACUUCGGCGAAGGGCAUUGAGCAGUUGGGGAAGAAGGACCUCAUCUGGCUGCCCGAGCAAGGUAAGCAGGAGCUGGUCCAGCUUUUUCAACUUAUCGAGCAGUCAGUGGCAUGGCCUUGGCAACUUACGGUGGUUCUGGUCACUCUCCUACGCAAGCCGAGCGGUGACGACAGGGCCAUUGGUAUAUUAUCGACCUUGGCGAGGCUCUGGUCGAGUUGUCGAGGCGAGUACCGUGUCAGCUGGACUAAGGCAAAGGCUGGGCAUUGGGAUGCAGCAGUGGCAGGUUCCUCAGCCUUGCGUGAGGCCUUAGCUCGCAGUUACCUGGACGAGACGGUCGCGCUCACCACGAUUAAGGAUUGGGUGCAGGCCAGCGUGCUGUGGGACAUUGAGGGGUUUUAUGACGCUCUUAAAUGGCAGCUCUUACUGGAGACGGGUAUGGAGCACGAAUUUCCACCGUGCAUCUUGGCUUUGGAGAUGAUUUUACACAUGGGGGUGCGUUUCCUCCGUGACAGUGGUUAUUACUCUGAUGCCAUCGUACCCGAGCAGAGCAUGAUUGCUGGACUUGGCGGCGCAGUGGCCGGUUUGGUGAUAUCGGCAAAGUCGACGAUCGUCACCAACAAUGCUGGGCUAGGCAAGGAAUUAAAACGAGGCUUCGCCAAGGAGGGCUUCGAGGUCAAGAUCGAGAGUGUCGCCACCGACUUGGGCAUCGAUCGAGGUGCGGUUGGUUUUCGGCGUCCGAAGCAGGCACAGCGGCGAAGAGGUGCUCAGCAGCGUUUCACUCGCGUCAAGCGGUUUGCUCAAGGGGCUGUUCGUAAGAAGAUCGGCGCAAAGCUGGCCAUGAUGGGAGUUCUUCCGAUGGCUGAUUACUCUGACAAAGUCUUUGGAGCGGCUCCGUCGGUCAUCAACGGGUGGAGGAAAGCUCUGGGACAGACUCUGGCAAAGAAAUGGCCAGGUCGUUGCCUCACCACUCUGUUACAACUUCGUGUCGGCCGCAAGGACCCUCAGUACCAGAUCGUGCACAGGCUGGUGGAAUCUUGGAUGUCCAUUAUCUUCAAACCAGGCUUCGGUCUAGAGUUG